AUGGAUAAUGACGGGCCAAACGCCUCCACUCGCACUGACGAGCACACCGGAGGAGGCCCGGAUACGAGCCUCGCCUGCAACUGCUGCCGGAAACGCAAGCUUCGAUGCUCGAGGGAGGCUCCAACCUGCGAGAACUGUCGCAAAACAGGGUAUGAAUGUGUUUACGAGUCGAAGCGUGCCAAGCCCGGGAUGAAGACCGGGGCAAUCGAGAACCUACACAGAAGGCUUGACGUAUUGGAACGGUCUGUCUCGAGGCAACAGGAAGCUCUCAACAACCUGCAAUCUGAAGCGGAUUCUGGCGGUGACACAAGUUCUCAUCAGGGACAGACCGCAACUGGCCACAGCAUUCUGUUGUCCCUCGCUCAAGAGAUAUGCAAGCUCAGCGGGCAAUCACCAAAGUCCCCGUCGGUGCCGGAAGGUAGCGAUGUCUCUCGCAAGCGACGUCGAAUCAGCAGUGAUGUUGGACAUCAACAUGUUGAUAGACACAAUGCCCCGUCUCUACCCGAUAAUAGCGUCUUGGAACAGAUCAUCAGUGCCUACUUCACCCACAUACAUCCAUGGAUCCCGAUGAUUCAUGAGGCUCGAUUUCGCAGACGAAUCCAAGAUGAUACAGGGAAAGACACUUUGCAUCUGGUCCUGCAGGCAAUGGUUCUCGUCGCAUCACGAUAUGUCUCGAGCAAGGUCGUCGCGGAUAUGGCAAUGACAUUCGCCGGGGACCAAGAAGACUUCAGGGACUGGAUUGUGGCCAAAGCUACAAAGAGCAUGUCAGUUGAGAACCUGCAAGCACUUAUUAUUAUCUGCUUCAACGAUAUCGGCAAUGGUGAAGCAUCCCAAGCAUGGUCCCUCGUCGGCGCCUUGACCCGAAUCGUUGAGUACCUGCAAUUGACAAUCGAGGACGAUGAAGUUGAUCGAUCCUCCUUUUCGCAGCCCUAUAUCUCCUUGCCUUCCCCACAGGGUUGGACCGAGGCUGAAGAGCGAAGGAGGGUGUUUUGGUGCGUCUUCAACUUGGACCGCUUCUGCUCUGUGACAACGGGUUGGAACACUAGUCUCACCUCUGACGAUGUCAAUCGUCGUCUGCCAUGCGAUGGAAUAACCUGGAGAAAGGAAGAUCCCGUUUCUACCCCUUACUUUGGCAUCUGGGAUAAAUCUGCCGGACGCAUCGGAAACCCCAUCGCGUUCCUCCCAGCGCAUCCCAUCCCACCGCAGGCUGGUGCAGACGAUGAGGGUCGCACCCCAUCUGAGGCAGGAACAUCACCAGGAGCAGCAUCUGCCGUCGACAUGACAACCGUGGGCGCCUUUGCCUACUGCAUCGAGGCCACAGAGUCUUUGAGCAGAGUUACGAGCUAUUUCCUCCAGCAGAGGGUUAACACCAAAGACCAGAAGGACCUGAGCAGCUGGCUGACACGGUUCAAGGAGCUCGAUGUCCGCUUGGUGCACUGGAAGAUGCUGCUCCCGAGGAAGUGGAAGGUCAACAUUACGCAGCAACCGUCGAGGAUGGAUCCGAAUCUGACCCUGGCCCAUGUCACACACAACGCAUCCAUGAUUCUCCUUCACCAGCCUAUCGCCUUUCCUCCGCUGAAUUGGCCUUUCCGAACCAGGUUGCCGAGUCUCUGCAGCGUCGAUACAUGCCAGGCGGCUGCGGUCGAGAUUGCGACUAUCACGGAUCAUUACCUCAACAACUUGGCCGAGAUGGGGCCUCUCAAUAAUCAAUUCGCCUUUUGCGUGUAUAUUGCUGCCAGAGUCCUCCUUCUAUACUGGCGUUAUAGCUCGAUCGAUAGCCUGUCGCCCGAGUUCUGGCUAUUGAUCCAGAGCCUAGAGGCCAUGUCAAAACGAUGGGCGGGACUUGUUAGUCCUCAAGACAAUUUGGCUUCCAAGUAUUCCGCAACCCUUAUUCAGCUACAUGCUCAGUGCACCCAGGAUGAAUCAUUCGCGAUCAGCAUUCCAGCAUAUACGACCGAAGUAAAGCAUUCAAAGGAACCUCAACAGACCCCAUCUCGAGGCCUGGAUAGGCGCCAAUGGUUGCGGAAUGGGGCUCCAAAUGUUCCAAGUCCACAGUUGCGGACUACUUAUAGCGCUACAGAGCUGGGGUCUCAGUACACGCCGGUCAACAUUUCCUCCAAUGCUAUUUCUCUAGGCCAUUCCACUGAGCCGUAUAGCGGCGGCUCGGGCAGCGGCGGGGAGCUAGGGAUGAUAUCACAGAUGCUGUUUGAUGCACAAUUUGCCGACAUGGACCGAGUGAUUAGCUUCGACGACGGCAUGUUUGAAGGGGGCGGUGACAUGUGA